UCAACUCCGCUUCGACUCGACAAUUGAGGAAGCUGGGUCCAUGACACAGCUCGUCACAGCGGUUUUAUUUGGGCAUCUGUCUGUACGCGCCCUCGCUCACCCUCAGUUCCGUCACCAAACUGCCCAUGUGGGUGGCCAUCGUCUCUCUGGGCGUCAUCUGCUCCGUGUAUAUUUCUCUGGGCGGCGUGAGGGCGGUGGUGUACACAGACGUCCUACAAACGACCGUCAUGUUCGUGGGCGUCCUGGCUGUCGUCAUGCAAGUGUGCGUCGAUCUCGGAGGCCUAGACGAGGUGUGGAGUCGAGCCGUCGAAGGAAAUCGGAUCGACUUCUUCAACUUCGACCCGAACCCCCUGGUGCGCCACACCUUCUGGUCGGUGCAGGUCCUCGGCCUCUACUUCUUCGUCAGCACCAUCGGGAUCUCGCAGCCGCAGUACCAGAGGCUCGUGUCCGUCAAGACUCUCAGGAUAUCGCAAAUGCUCUGCAUCGCCUUCGUCGUCGGCCUCAUCCUCCUGUGGUCUCUCUUCUACCUCUCGGGCCUCGUCGCCUACGCCGCCUACGAGGACUGCGACCCCCUAGGCAACGGCCAGAUCGAGAAGCCGGACCAGAUCCUCGCCUUCCUCGUCGCCGACAAACUCCACCACCUGCCUGGGAUGACCGGGGUGUUCGUGGCUGCUGUGGCCGGCGCCGUGCUGAGUUCCCUCUCGUCCCAAGCCAACGCAAUGGUGGUGCUUCUGUGGGAGGACUUUCUGAACGGCUGGUGGAUCUUCGCAGACAUGUCGCACAAGAAGACCAAGAUGAUGACGCGGAUGCUGUCCUCCUGCAUGGGUCUCCUGAGUAUCGGCAUGGCUUUCCUGGUCGCCAACCUCGGCACCUUAUUCCAAGUCGCCUACAGUAUCAGUGGCGCUCUGGUUAGCCCCAUGGACGGUCUCUUCUUAACAGGAAUAGUGGCUCCUUGGGUCAACGCAAAGGGCGCCUUAGCGGGCUUCGUCUCGGCUCUGGCCUUUAACUUGUGGAUCGUGGGAGGAAAGUUCGUCCACGGUGCCGGGAAGAGCGAGAAAUUAACCCUUUCGACGGACGGUUGUUUGGCAGAGGACGUGUUGUUGGGGGGGGCGGUGAACGGGACGGGGCUCGCUAUCAAUGGCACGGAUUAUGUGGCCUUCUCGACGACGACCACGACGACUGCUGGUCCCGGGGAUCAGCUGAUUGAGGAGAGAGACUACAUCGCUCUCUAUGACGUUUCCUACUGCUACGUGGGUGCCAUAGGAAUGCUGGUCGUCCUCACUGUGUCUACUGUAGUGUCCGUUCUAACAGGCGCUCGAAGGCCAGAUGAGACAGAUGAGAGUUUAGUGAACAAGAGAUGCCUGUCCUUCUACCGAUGGCUCUGCGACAGAUUCUUCCCGAAGAGGAGUUACAGCGUGGAAAACGUUACUUACGAUGUCAAAGAAGGCUUGGACAAUAGGUGCGCUGACAUCACCACGGAAGCCAACGGGGUUUCGAAUGUCCACAUGGAAAUGAAGUCAGUGAGGUGAACGUGCGUGGAUAGUUGGAAUAGUUUGUGCGAGAUGUACUCCGUUUUCUAUGGUGGACUCCGUUUUCUAUGAGUUAGAGGAAAUGACAUUUACGGGUAGACUGAUGAAGAAGAUAUGUUGUAGUGGAUGGUGAAAGGAUCUGAUAAAACUGACGAAAUGCGGACUGUAGAAAGUACAUAGUGAGUCUACAUAUGUUGAAUACACAGUAAUCACCCUUUGUUAUAUUCGUUGAUAGAAGUGAGAGCAAUAAUAAUGCAUAUGAAAUUACAAAAAAAAA